GUGUGUACAAGAAGUAAAUAAGUCACCUAAGCCGUUCCUGACUGUAAAACGCCAUGCUAAAUUUGUUUAAUAAUUAGUGUAUAGUUUCUAACCAUUGUCGCUGGUGGUUGUUUUAGUGAGAUCCUGAAUUAGAGUCGUUUGUAAUCAUGAAGAAAGUGGGGUACUGGAUGACCGAAAAGAAGUUGAAAAAACUCGAUUUUCACACGAUAUUCAGCGGCUUGUGUAGGAAAAAGAACAUUGAGCUCGUCAAGAUUGAUCUCCUUCAGCCCCUUGAAGCUCAGGGACCAUUCAGCGUCAUCAUCCACAAGCUGACUGAUGUCCUAAGUCUAGCCCACGAUGGAGAUAAGAAAUCACAGAUGAUGAUGGAUAACCUUAAGACUUACACUAAAGACCACCCUAAUGUUCCAAUCCUGGAUCCACUGGACUCAGUAUGUAAACUGAUGGACCGAAAUGCUAGCUAUACGUUAUUUCAAAAUGCCUUCCAAAAAACCUCAGUACACGGUAAAGUGUUAGUUCCCAAUUUUGUGGAGAUCCAUACCAAAGAUGUUGCCGAGAUCAAGAGAUUACUUGAAGGAGCAAAGGUCAAGUAUCCAUUUGUGUGCAAGUCGUCUAAAGCUCAUGGUUCUGUCAAAUCUCAUGAGAUGGCUAUUAUUUUUAACGAUGCCGGCCUCAAGGACAUUGAACCUCCAUGCGUUGCCAUGACAUUUAUCAACCACAACGCACAGAUGCAUAAGAUUUUUAUCAUUGGACAUGAUUUUCUACUCGUCAAAAGACCGUCUAUCAAAAACUUUGUAUCCGCCGGUCUUAGUGAUAAAAGUACGAUAUUUUUCCAUAGUCAUGAUGUAUCAAAGCCUCACUCAUCGUCUUUCCUUAAUGAGCUGGACAAGAAUGAUCUUAAUCGGGAAACAGUACUACCUUCCAACGAAAUCCUAGAGGAGCUCGUGUCCGCCGUCACUCAGUCACUUCAACUCUCCCUCUUUGGCUUUGAUGUCAUUGUGGAAAAUGACACCGGUGUGCAUUAUGUCAUUGAUAUCAAUGCUUUCCCUGGUUACGAUGGUGUGCCAAUGUUCUACGAGAAACUUCUAGAUUACAUCCAAAGACUAAUAUCGAUAUCAGAAACCAACUGCACGGGUACCAACCACACAACAUCGAACAACAGAACUCACAACGACAACGCGGUGCCGAACCACAGUUUGCAGGACGGAUGGAGGGAUGUAAGAAAUUUAAAACGAUCUCUAAGGGAGCGGGAAGGUUUUGUAACAAAUGGGAACACAAGCAAGCAGAGUAAAUGUCUUGCAAAGUAAAUGAAAUACAUGAUUUAGUGAUUAAAAACCCUGUAACAUACUAAUGACUUAAGUGUACAGCAAUAAUAAAAAACUUUCAAUUGUGCAUUUAAUUUUAAAAGUUUAUAAAGAUAAUCAACCAUGGUACUAUUUUUUUCAGGCGAAAGACAUUGUUUUAUUAAUUUUUAAAAUUGAACAAAUUUAUUUUUUUCAAGUUAAUCCAUAAGGUUUUUAUACUGAUCGGAGAUGACUUUGAAGUUUGAUGAACAAAAUCAUUAGUUUACUAUCAAAAGUCUUAAUAACCUUACCAUACAGCUAUAUUGAGAGUUUUCAUUCUGGGAUUUAGAGAAAUUUUACUGAAAUUAUGGAAUCUUUAUUUGGGAAAAAUAUUGUGAUACUUAUAUUUAAGACAAAUUAUGAAAGUCUAUUAAGCAAUGAAUCGUAGGAAGUUCCAAUGUCUACAAACACAAUGAUAGAGGUUUGAGAGAAUCCUGCCUGCUUCUUGAACCUCCAAAUCACUCUUUUUUCUUCAUCUUUUUUUUUUCAUUUUUGUAAACCUUUUUUAGUAGCAUGUGUGCAACCUGAUUGUCGAUCCAAACAAUAUUCUUUAUGUAAAGUGAUCAUCGACAUUAAUAGUGAAUGGCAUUUAGUGAAUGAUCAACGACAUUUAGUGAGCUACACUAUCUCAAUUUGAGCUCUAAUGGUUAUCCCUAAUCAGGUAAGAUACCUGUAUACCUGAUAUACCUUGUAGGCCUAAUAUCUUGUUUUGUAGACAAACCAAGAUAAGUUCAUGCAUCCAUAUUGACCAGCUGGGAGAAUGGGACAGUGUUUUUGAGACAGUAGGUGACUGUAACUUUCAUACAGUGAAUCAUUCCUAAUCAACAUUCUUCUGUCCAGAGGUACAGUGUAUAGAAGCAAAUGGUGGGGGAUACCUUGUAGAAAAAGGUAGUGAACGCACAAAUGUAGUUCCUCAGAUUGGAAACAAAGCCUAACUUCAUGUAGAUCAUGUGGUCCCAGACAAUCUUUGCAAAGAUCAGCAAUGCUUUAGGCUCUACAUUCAUCAGGGAACCAUUUUCUAGGGCUGCUUGCGGCAACUUUCUGCGCUUGACGCCCAUAGAGUUACCUGCUUUUCAGGGUGCCAUUAAGCCCUGAAUCAUCUAUUUAGCAGUGGCAUGAAAUUGGGCCCAGAAAACUUAUACGGUGGAUUGCCCUUUUUAUGCAACUUGAGCCUUUUUCACACAACUCCAGGGAAUAAAGGCCGGCUCUUUUACACUUGGAUCACUUGGGGCUGUAUUCCACCAGGGUAAGAGAUACGGAGUGGAAAGGGCUUAUGCAAAAGACUUGCCCACACCACAAGACAAAAACAGCAGCACUUGUUUUCAGUCUGAGAAGUUCAUUAUUGUGUGUUCAUUUUUGACCUGGCAGUAUAUUUGGUAAAUGUCUGUUCUAAGUUAAAGAAGCACUCCAAAGUCAAUUUCAGUUUUGUGAUCCACUCAUUUUCCAAUAGAUAGAGUCCUUAUGCAAACUGGGCAACAAAUUCAAAGUCUCGAACCUCUUGUUGAAAUAGUGUAUGAUGCACUGGAGUAGGAUACCCUUCUAGUGCAAUAUUUGUCAACAAAAAUUCUACAUGUUCUAGAAAAAAAAAUAAGUUAAUUCCUAAAUUUUUGAAGAAAGUCAAUCAAAAUGCAUUGAAUUUUACCUUCUGGGGCAAAAAUUCCUCUUUGGAAUGUACAGACCUGGUUGUUUUAUCUGUCUGACGACGUAUUUCAACAUUUGCUCUGAAAACUUUUAACUUUUUCCCCACUUCAUUAGACUCUCCUCAGAUGAAAAUAAGUGCAUCUAAAAAAAUCAAUUUGAAAUUGGAAGGCCUUUACAUUUGUCUGAUAGGAGGAGUGUGGAAAGUCCACUAGGUUUGCAGUAUUUGGCAGUAUUAGUGAAUAGGGCGAAUUGAAUAUGACGUCACCAUUCAAAUUAUUUGACCUCCAACAUAGUGUCUGUGCGCGUGUGCGUGCGUGUGUGCGUGCAUGUGCCGUAGAAAUCAAACCGGGAAUGUU